CGCUGAGCAAGAAUACUCCAAUAGCUGUUAUUCAUACACUUGAUUAUUUGUUAGCUUUACUCUGUUGGGUGUUGUAUUUGUUAAUUCAUGUUAUGUUAGUACUGGUGCUUAUAUUGCUGACCGGGCUCCGAGUCGAAGCUGAAGAUGGAGGUAGCGUGGCGUUUUACUUUAAAUCAGAGCCGGCUGACUCGUGGGUUGCUCUAGGAGGUGCCCUGACCCUCUCCUGUGGUACCAGUACCACGGUAGAGAAGACUUGGACCUGGACCCUCUACUCGUCCACCUCACACGAUACCGGGACAGUACUGGAAGGAAGUGGGGACACUCUGGAAUACGGACCCGCUGAUAUGGAGCUAGAUAACACCUUCGUUACUUGUUCAGCUGAUGUGUUCGGAACACAGCUUAUCAGCAGAUACGCGCUCAUUAGAGUUUCCUUUCUUGAGACAGAGUUUCAGGAGGAGCCGUCUGACCUGACAGCACAGGCCAGUAGCGACCAUAUUAGGUUGGAUUGUAGUCCUCCUAAAGGGAGCCCCUCUCCUUAUAUCACCUGGCAGAAGGAUGGAGAAGAUAUGGAUCUAGGGAACACUUACGUGGACCCUCUUGGAGGUCUCAACAUUCUGAAUGUGGAUGAGAGCUUUGGUGGAAGUUACACUUGUGUAGCUAACUCCCAUCAGGGCCACGAACCAGUUACAAGCAGAGCUGGGGUCCUCACCAUAGAAGGAACAGCUACUACCAGCCUCCUCCCCGUUACUUACGAUCUUUCCUUUGCUAAGUCUCGAUAUAGAAUAUCUGCUAGGAAGGGCGACACUGUGAGAGUUCUCUGUGGGUUUAUUGGUAACCCGACACCCUCUUUUGCUAUCAUGGUAGGUUCUGAGGAGCUGAGUGGAGCGGGAGUAGGUGCUCACGGCACGUGGGGUACCCUGCAAAGUUUAGGUGAAAUAUCAGCCGUAAAGUGUGAAGGGUCCUCUCAGGGGAUUAGCCAGACGAUGAAUAUACCUAUUGACGUAACUGGAACCCUUCAAGUAGCAGGUGGAAUAGCGGUCAACAACUUGGAAGGAGAAGAGACUACGAUGGUGUGCUCAGAGUCAGGAGCUAACGGAGAUCCUACCUUUUCCUGGUACAAGAACGGAGCCAAAUUAGUAGGGGAAACAGCUCGCUAUCUGGAAAUACUAAACCCCUCCAGAGCUGAUAGCGGCAUGUAUCAGUGCUUUGCUGCAACUGUCUAUUCCAAGGAACAGUCGACCUUCGCUGUAACCAUCAGUGCUCUGGACCCUGUUCCAGUUAAAGUGACAGUCACAUCUGAUGAAUACGGACUACUAGGAGAGAACGCACAGCUAAGUUGUGUGGGACAAGGAAACCCAGUUCCCUCCGUCACGUGGCAUAGAAAAGAAGCUAACAGUGUUAACGCUAUUGCUAUAGACAAUGUCGUCUACAAGGAAACCUUUACUGAGGUCUUGGCUCUACUCAAUAUUGAGAACCUGAGCAUGGCAGAGGAUGGGAUAGAGUACAUCUGCAAAGGAGGGAACACUGAUCUGUACGACUCGAGUAUAAUCUACAAAGCUGACUCUAGUAUUACCCUACAAGUGGUACAAGCAGUAGAGCCCAGUAUUAGUCUGCCCAGCACUAGUGUCAUUAAAGGCGGCACCCCUCUAACUCUGAUUUGCAGUGUAGAGGGUUCCCCUCCUCCCACUAUUGAGUGGUUCAUGAACGGGGACAAGAUUGAGGAAGCGGUGGAGGAAACCUAUGUGACAGAUGGACUCGGUGGAGUGUACGUGUGUAAAGCAACAAACAUGCUGGGUACUGUGGAGCAGGAGGUGAUAGUGGAGUCUAAACCAGAGUUUAGUGGAGGAGAAAUAUUCCUCAUCUUGCUUAUCGUGGCGUUCCUGUUGUUGGUCCUGAUUGUUUUACUCCUCAUCUUGGUCAGGAGAAACGAGCUGGAACGUAGAAUGAAGGAGGCUCGCGCCAGAGACGAGCUGCUAAUUGAGAACGAGAAGAGGGCAGGAUUGACUCCUUCACUCCCUCCAACUCCUAGAUCUGAGAUACACCCCUCAGCUGCCGUAGCAGAGGUUCCACCCUUCACAUUCCCUGCUGAGGGGCUAGAUGGGCCGGCAAUGAGUGAGGUGGAGUGCCAGACUCCUCGCAGUAUCCUCUCACCUCGUCCUGCCACACCACAAUCUCAAUUACCUCCAGUCUGAUAACCUCUCUUCUUAAUUGACUCAAUCAUAUACGCUUAAUGAGUUAUUGUCCUACCGGACUUAUUGACUCUUGAAAAUGG